CUUCACGGAGUGAGAGCGGAGUGCUUCACCAUGUGAGCUCAUACCGCACGAUCCACGACUCCGCCUCCGUCGUCGCUCGUUCCCCAGGCCGCGCGCGCAGGUGGUGGCGGCCGUUGUUCCUCUAACGCCGUUGCAGGCACCAGAUCGGCGCAGAGUUAGGGUUCACCGGAGCGGCGCGGCGCUCCCGACCUCUCGUCAUCAGAUCGGCGCGUCACUGGACCGGCUGCCGUCCUCGCCCGGGGCACAGCACACGCGAAGCCCGGGUAAGCCGCAACAGUCGGCGAUGUCGCCGCCGCCGUCGCCCCUCGUGGUGCUCCCGCUCCUCCUCCUCCUCGCCGCUGUAUCCCACUUUGCGGCCAAUGUGGCAGGUGCCGGCGCCCCUCCCCCGGUGCCGACGCCGUGGCCGGAGCAGUUCCAUGCCGUAGUUUUCACAAACCUCACCGAGAGCGGCGGCCGGCUGCAGCUGAUCGACCUCUACUACGACUGGCCCAGGGGCCGCAACCUCAACCUCAUCCGGGACCAGCUCUCCGGCGACCCGCUCUACGACGUUGAGUGGACCAACGGCACCUCCUACUUCUUCGACUCCGGGUCCUGCCGCACCGUGCGUGUCCCCGUGGGGCUCCUGCCGCCCGACUGGCUCGCCGCCGGCGCCGUCUACCUCGGCCGCGAGCACGUCGACGGCUUCGACUGCCACCUCUGGACCAAGGUCGACUUCAUAUGGUACUACGAGGAAGUCGCCACCGGCCGCCCCGUCCGAUGGAAUUUCUUCAAUGGGAUGCAGCAGCAUGUGAUGAGUUUUGAGGUGGGAGGAGUGCUGGAAGACUCCAAGUGGCAGGCACCCGCUUACUGCUUCAAUGGCGGCAAUGCCGACACCGCCAAUGUGGCUGCGGAUGGAGUUGAUAGUGAUGCUGGUAGAUCCAGUAGAGUUGAUGUUGAUGUGAUGAACAGCCUGAUCAGGUUCGCCGGGGCUCCAGCUGUAGCUGCAUCAUUUGACCAGUGAGAUUUUUUUUUUUGAUGAUUGGCUGAUGAGAGACUUUGCCAACGGUGGUCCACGUCCUGUUGAUUAUGUUAUGUUCUGUUAAUCGCAUUGUGCUUUGUAUAACCCUGGCUGAUUUGUGGUAACAGUCACUCUACAUUUCCUGGACCUGGAAAUUUGACAAGUCGUAGCUGCUAGGAGUACUAUUUUCUUGGGGAAUGCAAGGUUCAUAAUCGAUA